UAUACAACCAGACAACCCAACGUGUUUAAGAUGACAUCUUCUCAAGAUUGAGAGUAGAUUUCCAGUGAUAACAUUGCUAUAAUAUCCCAAUCCAGCCAAUAUUAAUGUUUGUUCAUCCACCAAAGUCUUAAUUUAACCGCAUGUAAGAAGGUUCCCAAUCGGAAGCUAUACUAGGACUAACAUCACACAUGGCAUCCAAGUGAGCCCCCUCAUGCUGAUUGGAAAGGUGUGCAGUAUUCGUGGAGGCAUCAGGUCUUGUGUAGUCAGACCCAUAGCUCGUUUGUUUACCUGCCCCAGUAACAUGGCCAAGAGCAAGUUUGAGUAUGUCCGCAACUUUGAGACAGAUGACACCUGUCUAAAAAACUGCUAUAUUGUUGUGAGGCUGGAUGGGCGCAACUUCCACAGGUUUGCAGAACAGCACAAGUUCACAAAGCCCAAUGACAACAGAGCCCUGGGACUGAUGAGCCGCAGCGCGCAUUCGGUCAUGGAGGAACUAGAGGAUAUUGUCAUUGCUUAUGGUCAAAGUGAUGAGUUCAGCUUUGUUUUCAAGAGGUCGUCCAACUGGUUCAAGAGGAGAGCCAGUAAGCUCAUGACUCAUGUGGCAUCCCAGUUCUCCUCCUCAUAUGUGUUUUACUGGAAGGAGUUUUUCGGGGAUCAGACGCUACUGUACCCACCAAGCUUUGAUGGACGUGUGGUCCUGUAUCCUAGCAACCGCAACCUCAAGGACUACCUGAGCUGGAGGCAAGCAGACUGUCACAUAAAUAAUUUGUACAACACAGUGUUUUGGACUUUAGUACAGAAAGGAGGACUCACCACAGUCCAGGCAGAGGAUCGCUUAAAGGGAACACUAGCCGCAGACAAAAACGAGAUCCUGUUCUCAGAAUUUGACAUCAACUACAACACUGAAUCUGCCCUUCACAAGAAAGGCACCACUCUCAUCUGGGAAAAGCGAGAUGAAACUGUCACUAAACGCUUAAAACGACCAAAUGAAGAGGAGAAGGACGUGAAUGUGACACGCAGCAGGAGGAAGGUGCAGGCGUACCACUGCGACAUUAUAGGAGACCAAUUCUGGCAAGAACACACAGACAUCCUGGAGGACGACAACUGCUAACAGUUCCUCUCCUAUUGUAGGAGAAUAAUACUGAACUGAGUCUGGCCAGAACGAUUAAAGUGGACCCAUUGGAGCAGUGACAGCUUGAUACUGACUGAUGUAGAUAAUGUGUCCUGAAAGUGGGAUGCUUAGUAUUCUCGAAACCCUUGUCUGUUUUUCUGGGAUUGAAUCUUUUUGGUGGAUUGACUUUGUAUUAUUGCUCUCUCACAGCUGGAACAUAUACUCUCUUCAUGUAUUAAACUUCUAUCAUAAUGUUUCCUUAAAGUGCGAAGUUUUCUACCUAAGUUGCACAACGUUGAAGGGGAAGCAGAUUUUUUUUUUGUUGCAUUGAAGAUAGGAGCUGUGUUGGUAUUUAGAAAAAACCUGUUAAGUCACUCUGACAUCAUUCACUUGCCCAUCUAGCACGUCCGCCGCUUCUAAGGUUGCUUGUCCAAAAUUAUGUCCUCAUUUGAUAUUAUGAAUGGCAUUUAGAAUACUACCAUCACUUAACUCCUUUUGGCCCAACACUCUUUGUCUUCGGGGGGGGGGUUUCAUUUGUGUGUGUGGCCGUUUCGAGUCUCAACUAUGUUUUGAAGUUCCUAAUGUUUGGAUUUUGAUGAUUCAAGGAGGAUAUUUACAAAGGCUUCAGUAUCACUAACAGUAAUGAGAAAGCAGAUGCAAGGUUGAAAUAAGCAGAGUAAAGCAGAAACGAAUACCUCUGGCAGCGAGAGGCCUUGUCUCGCAGCCAGCCACGCCAUUUAGAGAUGUGAAUGGAUUCAUUGGCCUGCACUGUCAUCAGUGCUAAGAAUACCUCACACACCCCCUGUACACUCUAUCCCUCUGACAUGUGCUCUGUGGCAUAUUUAUCAUCACACUUAUA